CGCGACAUCUCUCUCUCCUUCCUCAUUCAAAAAAAACCUCCCAAUUGAAUCGCCACUGUACACUGCACACAUCACUCGCAAUAGCAAUGACCAUGGUCGACAACAAUAUAACCGCCGGUAGCAGCCGAAACACUGAAAGUGCGAACGGCAGCACACAGUACAGUGUGCCCACAAAACUUCAAAAACAAGAAUGGGCAAAGUAACGUACAACAGGCAGUGGGCCCUGAAGCGUCAAAGCACGCGUGGAUGCUCAACGAUGACAUUCCAAUUGCUAAAUGUACCCGUCUUUUCCCCUUUGCGUUGUCUGCAACCUACGACCUUGAAAGACAGCAGUCGAUCCUGAAGAACAAUCUUAUCCUUCAGGAUGAUCACCCAGACUGGUCUAUUACAUUCAAACCGGGCGAUGAUACCUAUCACCUCGAAGGCGUGCAGGGAUUAAGAUAUAUCGGAGGCGUGGAUCUAAGCUUCAUUAUCGAGAACAACGAGGAUGCCAUUGCCUCGCUCAUUGUCCUAUCGUACCCAGAGCUCAAGGUCGUAUACGAGGACCAUGCAAAGGUCAAGCUGACACUACCCUAUAUUGCCGGAUACCUUGCCUUCCGUGAGGUAGAACCCCUUCUGGGCCUCAUCGAAUCCCUGCGCACCAACCGACCUGAGCUCAUGCCACAGGUGAUCAUGGUCGAUGGCUGUGGGGCCCUCCACCCUCGUGGUUUCGGUCUCGCCUCCCAUCUAGGCCUCGUCUCCAACAUCCCAACGAUCGGGUGUUCCAAAAACUAUCUAGUCAUUCACGGCGACGGUCCGCUCUUGGGUGCACAACCUACGGAACUCAAGUAUAUUUUCCGAAAUUUUGUCGCGGAUAAUAAGGAUGCACAUGGGUUGAUGCCAUUGAAAGGCGAGGUCAGUGGAAAGGUCUAUGGGGCAGCCUUAUCUGCAGCGACAACGAAAUCUGCAGACGGAGCACAGAAUCCGAUCUUUGUGUCGAUCGGGCAUAGGGUCUCGUUGGAGACGGCCGUGGCCCUGGUGAGGGCUUGUUCGCUGUAUCGGAUACCAGAACCGAUUCGACAGGCAGAUCUGAAGAGCCGAACACAGAUCAAGAAGUGGUGCUUAGAACAGGGAAAGCAGCAGUAGUAGAUUGUAUUGUGAAUACUAUGAUAAAAAAAAUUGCCUGAUUCGACAAGAGUGUUUGUGAGUGAGGGCUUGGCUGGGCGGGGCCUUUGCGCCCAGCCAGUUUUGCUUACUGCAGCACACACG